GAGAGGACACAUUUGGACUCAAGAGAGCAGCCGUGCUUUUGCUUGCCGCGCCUCUACCCCCUCCUCUUUUUCUCCUCCAUGCCGGGGAGGAGAGUGUGUGUGGCGGCCAUGGCAAAGGCGCGUGUGUCGUUGGAGUUCUCCGAGGCGGAGGACCGCAGCAUCCGGCUGGGAUUGUUCCUGAUGGCGUGCGGGGUGUUGAGUCUCUUCAUCCUGGGUUUCUGUUGGAUCAGCCCGGCGCUCCACAGCCUCAACAGCAAGAGCGCCAAUUGCACUGUGGUGUCAGUGUUGCGUCCGGAGGAGACAUUUGCGUGCGUGUUCACCUGUGGCGCGGCCUGCAAGGGCACGUCGUCGUAUCCUUGCCUGCAGGUCUUCGUCAACAACUCCGAGUCUUCUACUUUAGCUCUGUUGCACUUUGACGAGCAGCAGCUGGUUCUCAACCCCAAGUGUUCCUACGUCCCGCCGUGUGAACGUGACAACCGGAAGAACCUCGAGAGCGUCCUCCGGUGGGAGGAGUACUUCAACCGGCAGCUGGCGGGUCAGAGCUUCACCUGCUUUUUCAACCAGCACAGGAGGCCCGACGACGUCCUGUGGCGGCGCUCGCAAGACGCCGUCGUGCUGCUGCACUGCUUCCUGUGGCCCGCGGCGUCGCUGUUCCUGGGCGCGCUCAUCGUGCUGCUGACGGUGUGCGCGCGCACCCUCGCCGUGCGCGCCGAGGCGCUCCAGAACAGGAAGUCCUCCUACCGCUCGUGCAGGGAAGCGGCGAGGGCGCGCUGCUUUGGCGAGAACGCGGACACGAACUUCGACCCCGAGCUGCUGUUGUCGUCCAGUCCGCUGUUCUCCGUGCGGCGCCGCGAGCGAGAACAUUGAGGGGAGGAUUUUUUUCCACCCGCCGGACCUCAAAGACGUAGUGUCACGUGAUCUUUUUCCUCACUUCCUGUUCUUAAGGGUUGUCCAUUUUGGACGCCGACAUGUAGCGCUUCGAAGUUUGAAUGUUUCAACUCAGGUCCUGUUUGUCGGUCUGUGGCUCCGCCCUCUUUCUGUACCAUGUGACCCUGGUAGCCGCUUGCAGUGCCUAAUACACCUUUGAAUAAAAGUCUUUAUCAGG